AUGGAUUAUGAGACGCUGUUAUUUGAGUUGAAGCCUCUACUAGAUAUUGAACAAUUGAAAGUGGCAAACAUCGAUGAAUCUAAUGUCCAAGUAUACACGAGUGCUUUAGAGAAAUGCUCACAGGGUGCUAGAAUAGAAAGCAAUAGAACAAUAAUUGGUCGGUCGGGAUUGCUCGACUCGCUAACUGAAUCAUUGGCAUUUCUUUUAGAGCAGGAGUUCACUGUUGAUACCCAGUCGAAUAAAAAUAUAUUAUUGAUAAUCUCAGAGAUAGUACGAGUACUCGCGAAUAGUUUUGCAGAUAACGAUGAUAAUAGGAACAUAUUCUUCGAUAAAAAUAGAUUCUUGGCGAAUCCUAUAAUUGAAACCUAUUUUGCUAAGGUACUAGCCUUAAAUCUUCAGCAAAAUGAUCCUGAUGUUAUCAUAACACUACAAAUGAGACUAGCAGCUAUGGUUAAGAAUUUGAUAGUUGAUAACCGGAAUUAUGUCACCCAUUAUGCAGCUUUUCUAUGUCCUACCAGCUAUUUGAGGUUGGAUAGCAUUAAUUUGACAUCUGAAAACGAAGUACAAAUGGCAUUGUUUAUUGCUGAACUUAUUGAUGCUAUCCUAGAAUUCGACAAAAAGGGCGCUACAUUAGAUGAAAUGAAGAUUGUGAGUACUCUUUAUUAUCAAUUGUCCACCUACAUCACAUCGGCUUCUGUAGAAAUUGAUGAUGGCGAUGAUGAAGAGCCACUAAUCGAGCUUUUGGCAACAUUAACAAAUAUAGCUGAGAUUGUUUUUAGUAUCGAUGGUACAUUUAACUUUGACAAACAACAGGAGACUAAAGAUAUAAUCCAAAAAAACAUUCUACAGACAAUAGACAACUUGGAAGAACUAAAGUUUCAUAAUAAAUUGAUCAUCAUGAGACGCCUGGUCACGACAUCAGGGUAUAUCGCCUCUGAUAAAUCAAAUACUACUCACUCGGAGAUGAAUAUGUGUUUAAAUCAUCUAAGAAAUGAGAAUCCUUCGCCGUACACAAUCGGUGCUAUUUUUAUCAAUAUUACAAACGCUAUCAGAUCAACUGAGGAAUCAAAGGAACUAGAACAAACGUUAUCAAUACCGGACAUUAUUUGCUACUCAAAAAAGCUUUCUGACCCAGUACAAUUCCAAGGUGUUUUGGAUCUUCUCAAAAAGGUUUUAAACUUAAGUAAUACCCUAUUACUCCCUAAUGACAGUUUACAAGGCAUUGCUAAUCUUCUAACAUAUAGUAACGAGCAAGCACAAUACUUUCAAGGAUUAAUUCCUUUGGUAAACGGUUUGCUGAACAAGUUACUAACAGUUAUACCUAGUUCUAAAAUAGAAUUUAUUUUCCAGGGUAAUAUCUCAGAAGGAUUCGUGAAACUAAUAUGCAAAAAUGGAUCCAUUUCUGCAUCUUUGGCAUUGGACAAGCUGCUGCUUGUUAAAAAUCCAAUCAAAAAGGACAUUACAGAUAGAUUAUGGGAAUGCUUAUUCCAUUUCGAUCAAGUAGCUAAAGAAAAUAACACAUCAGAAUCCGCUAACGUUUAUCUUCUAUUUCAAGUUGCAAAGACUCUUGGUGUUUACUUGAGAAAUACCAUUGAUAAACCCACUGAAAUACAGGAUUUCCUACUCUAUCAAUAUGAGGAUCAAUUGGUAUUCCUCUUGUCCCAAAUCUUAGAUUUGAGAGAUAAGAAUGUUAGAGGCAGUGAAAGUGCAAUGAAUAACGGGAAAUUUGUAGCUGGAUUAAUCAUUGAUGCUAAAAAGUCUGUACGUACUACAGAUGACGAUAGAUUACUAGCGAUUUGUAAGCAGUUUUUCUAA